CUUACUCAGCACAUUACCAGUGUGCUUAUUUGAUGCUUCCUAUGGCAGGGCCAGUGCCCCGAUAGAGUCUGAACUGUCUCUUAGGCAGUAGGUUUUACUCUCCCAGACUGAGGCCGAGUUCAUAUGUCUAACGAUGGAGAAUAACAACAAAAAUGAGGAGAAACCGCUUUUUACUUUAAGAAGAUUUCAUCUCUCUGAAGAUUAUGGCUUCCUUCUUCCAAAUCCUCUGAGCGAACUCCCUGCUCCCUAUGGGCCUUGGAUGGAGAUUGCCAACAACCUGCCUCACCUGAUCCAGAGCCAUCAGCUCCGUUCACAAGUGUACAAGAUGCCCCAGCUGAGCAGUCAGCAUCUCAAAGGGCAUCGAGAGCUACACUUGGCCCACCUCGCACUCAGCUUCAUCACGAUGGGGUUCAUCUGGCAAGAAGGAGAGGAGGAGACCGUCAAGCUUCUGCCACGAAACCUUGCUGUUCCCUACUGGGAGAUCUCUCAGAUGCUGGGACUGCCUCCUAUCCUGGUUCACGCAGAUUUUGUGCUAGCCAACUGGAAGAAAAAGAAUCUUAAUGGGCCUUUGGAAAUUGAGAAUCUGGACACCAUCUUUUCACUGCCUGGCGGAGAGAGUUUGAGAGGAUUCAUUCUAGUUACUCUCCUUGUUGAGAAGGCAGCAGUGCCUGGGGUUAAGGCCAUUGUUCAGGCAGGUAAUGCCAUCCUGCAGCCUGACAAAGAGGCCCUGCAUAAGGCCCUGCAAGAGAUGGCAAAGGCCAUUAAAGAGAUGACUGAUGCUUUGAAACGGAUGCACGACUAUGUGGAUCCAGCAGUAUUUUAUGCCGUGAUCCGGAUCUUUCUGUCUGGGUGGAAAGAUAACCCAGCAAUGCCAGGAGGGCUGAUAUAUGAAGGAGUUUCUGAUGAGCCUAUGUCAUAUUCUGGAGGGAGCGGAGCACAGAGCACAGUACUUCAUGCCUUUGAUGAGUUAUUAACAAUUCGUCAUAGCAAGGAAAGCACUGCAUUUCUACACAGGAUGAGGGACUACAUGCCACCCCACCACAGGGCCUUCAUAGAAGAAAUCCAGUCUGCCCCUUCACUGAAGCAACAUAUACUGUCCUCUGGAAAUGAAAAGCUGCGCAUAGCUUACAACCAGUGUGUGUCCGUUCUGGCAGACUUGAGAACCUACCACAUUGCUAUCGUCACCAAGUUCAUCAUCACAGCAGCUGCCAAUGCCAAAGCCAAGAAAGGAAAGCCAAGCCACUGGGCGGGCAACUUUCAGAUUAACCCGCCUUCGUCGUUACAAGAGAGGGGCACCGGUGGCUCAGGCAUCCUGAGUUUCUUGAAGAGUGUCAGGGACACGACGAGAGCAGGGAUAAUACAGGGUUAAACGCUGUUGUGCCACAUGCGUUUUACUAGGAACGAGAGGGAGUGUGCAAGCUUAAGACCAAAAGAGCUUUUUGUUUAAUAU